AUGACUGAACCUACACAAAGGGUCUUCUUAGUUAAUCUAGGAAAGCAGCUUCAGUCCCCUGAUGCAAGUCCAUCAAUGAAAAUUGUUGCUAUACGCACUUUGUCAUAUACCCUGAAAACUUUAGGAGAGGUUCCUGUUGAAUUCAAGGAGGUUCUUGAUGACAUAGCAGUAGCAACAUUGUCUAACUCUUCACCUCUUAUGCGAAAUGCUAAUCUAAGUUGUCUUUGGCCCAAUAAUCAAUAUCUUAAUGCAUCCUUUUCAAUUCAGUCUUUGUUUUGCUUUUCAACUUUGGUAGGUUCUGAGUCAACAUUGACUUUGCGUGCACUGGCGGAGAUUGAUCCAACAUGUGUUGGUGGUUUGGUCAAUUAUGGGAUCACUACACUUAAGGCACUAAGAGAAAAUGUGUCAUUUGGGAAGGGAAACAAUCUGAAGGUUGAGCUUGAUUCCUUAAGUGGACAAGCUACAGUUUUGGCUGCACUUGCAUUUGUCUCCCCAAAGCUGCCUCUUGGUUAUCCAGCCAGAUUGCCCAGAACAAUGCUUGAUGUAGCUAGAAAAAUGCUAACAGAAGCUAGCCGGAACACUGUGGUUGCUACAGUUGAAAAAGAAGUUGGAUGGUUACUUCUCUCAUCCUUGUUGUCUUCCAUGCCAAAGGAGGAGAUGGAAGACCAGGUGUUUGAUAUUCUUUCGUUAUGGGCUGAUGUCUUUAGUGGUCGAGGCCAAGAUCAAGCGGAUUCAUCUGAGGAUCUGUCUUCUAAAAUAAGCUUGGAACACGCGUCCACCGCUUGCCUCAGUCACGUGAUUCUCAACCGUGAAAUUUAA